GUGAGUUGUCGCUGCCACCUCUUUCACCCGUGUAAAAAAAAAAUGUUAUCCGCUUUUUGGCGUCACGUUUGCGGUCGCUAACUUCACCUCGGAAACAACCGCCAGUGUGUUUCACUGGCGCUGAACACUUGCCAAGACUGUCGAAAAGGUUGUGUAAGCCAUGAUCUGAGGUGUUAAAGUCUACGUAAUCCCGUGUGGACCGACGCGGACGUCUCCUCCCCACAUGCUGCACACGCCCACAUCAGCCAUGUCUCAUUCCGAACCCCGUGCAACUGUGUCAGACUGGUUGUGUGUCCUCCGCCUGGAGCAGUAUUCAGAGGCCUUUCGGACUGCCGGGCUGGCAACAUUCCGACAAUGUCGCAACCUCACACCAGAUCAGCUGGAGCGGAUGGGCAUCACCCUGCCGGGUCACCGCAGGCGCAUCCUGGCCAGCCUGACCAAAACAAAUGGUAACGGCAACACAGAAUCCGAUACAUACUGUCACUCCGCGGAGUCAGAGAGGGAUCAGAGACUGGAGGAGACGGGACACGACAUGGCGUUGCAGAGAGAGAGACCCGUGCCUGUCCCACUGGAAGAAAAACCCGUCGUCAAGGAAAGGGGGAAAGGAGAUGGGGAAUCAUUGAGGCCGCUGCCCAGGGAGAGAGAGACACCCGUCCCCCGGGCGAGACGAGCGGCCAGGAUGAAAGGGGAAAGUGGAGACUUGGGAGAGAAGAAGCCCGUUCCCGGACAAAGACUUGCAGCAGCUCGAGAAGGAAAAGGGCCGGAUAGAGCCCUGGGUGCAGAGAGGGCGACGCCCGUGCCCAAGGAAAGGACUCUGUUCCGCUGUAGUGUUGCCGUGGACUGUGACCUGAGCCCAGCCCUCUCUCCACCCUCAGGCGCCUCUUUGCCCCCCGUCCCUCCGCGAAGCAUCCCCAACUGUCCGCCACAGCGUUUCACCUCCCCCCUCUGCCCUUCACCCCCUAGCCGAACGCCCGCCUCGCCUAAACCGGACAAGCGUGCGGUUGAAGCUAAGGAUGGACUGGGCAACCCCACCCCCACGCAUGCCCCCACACAAGCGCCUCUCCACCUUCCCGACUUCCCCUCGGCUCAAACUCGGCCUCAGACGUUGGCUAUUCAGCCACCUGCCCACCACCUGGGUGGUAAUGGUGAUGGAUUAACUUUAUCCGUCUCCCCCACUGCUUCCCUCAGCGAUGAUAUAAAUGCUCCACCUCUCCCGCCCAAAGCAGGGGCGGCACCUAAAGGCCCUCCACCAAUCCCACACCGCUCCCCUCCCACCAAGAGGGUCACGGAUGAGAUGCAGAAAGACCCAAGUCCACUGGUCCCUCCACGCAUCCGGACACCCCAAACUGUAGAAGACCCACCGUGGCCAAAUAAAGCAGCCCUUCAGCCGGCCCUGCCUGCGAGGAGAGUCACUCAACCUCCCACAGAGUCCCCGUUGAAUUCACUCAUUGAUUGUUCUGAUGACUACGAGGACUCAGACCUGUUUUACGCCGUGGCUCAUCGAAUAAGCCCAAUGGACAGGGAAAUGUCCCUGCAAGUGCCUGUCCAGGGAGAAGUGCGCCGCAGUUCUUUGUGCAGUGACGACGAGCAGUUGGAUGAUGAUGAUGAGUCCAGUCUGUGGGUGGCCGGCAGCGUGGGCAGUCUGCAGGGAAGUGUCUACCUGCCAAACACCGGCCGACUACCGGCGGCCACUAAAGACGACAGCUCUCAGCUUGCUGCUGUCGUUAAGAUGGGCUGGCUGGACAAGAAUCCCCCUCAGGGGGCUCUUUAUUAUCAGCGACGAUGGGUGAAGCUGGAUGUUGACUACCUGAGAUACUUUGACAAUGAGAAGGAGGUGUAUUCUAAGGGGAUCAUCUCUACUGCCUUUGUCACUCAUGUGACCAGUGUGGGGGAGCUGAAGUUUGAGGUCGUCACAAACAACCGAACAUUCAUCUUCAGGGCGGAAAGUGAAGUUGAGAGAAACGACUGGGUGACUGUAUUGCAGGACUGCACCAGGGGGCGCCAUCAUCGCAGCACCAUGAACCCCGGCUCACCUUUGUCCCCAGAGUUUCAAGGAUAUCUGGAGCUCAGGGGGUUACGCUCCAAACUUUAUACUGUUGUGGCCUCAGAAAAAGUAUUCCUCUACAAAAACAUUGAGGACUAUCGUUUAGGAGUGGGCAUCACAUCCAUUGACAUGAAUGUUGGCAAUGUUAAAGACACAGAUCGCCGUGGCUUUGAUCUCACCACACCGUACCGCAUAUUCAGUUUCAUUGCAGAAUCGGAGCAGCUGCGAGAGCAGUGGGUGGAGGCCAUGAGGAACGCGAUAGGUGAGGCGCUGUCGAAUAGCGAGGUGGCCGAGAGGAUCUGGGCGGAGCCUAGCAACAGUCUUUGUGCCGACUGUGAGGCUCCCCAACCGGAAUGGGCUGCCAUCAACUUGUGCGUGGUGGUCUGCAAGCGGUGCGCAGGAGAGCACAGAGGACUUGGUCCUAGCAUCUCAAAGGUUCGUAGUCUGAAGAUGGACAGGAAAAUCUGGACCGAGGAGCUUAUACAGGUGUUUCUGUUGCUGGGCAACGAGCGGGUCAACAGCUUUUGGGCAGCCAACGUCCCGCCAAGCGAAGCUUUGUCGCCCACAAGCUGCAGCGAAGAGAGACGCCGCUUCAUCACCAACAAAUACCGCCAGGGCAAAUACAGGAAGUACCACCCUCUGUACGGAAACCAGAGGGAGCUCAACAAUGCUCUCUGUAUAAACGUGCAGUGCAGCGAUGUGCUUGAAACGCUGAGCCUGAUCUUCUGCGGUGCAGACGUGAAUUGUUCAACUGAUAUGGCAAGUUGGCCCAGCGUUCUCUCCCUGGCCAGCGCACACUCGCAACCCUUACAGGCCGAGUUAAUAAGCCACAAUCUCAACACAGAGUUACCGCGGUCAGAGGUGAAUGAAGGCAUGGCAGCGAUACAUUACUCAACUCCACCUUGUGUGUCUCACAAUGGCUUCCUUUACAAGACGGCAUCCAUGGCUCGGCCUAUUACAGAGCGCAAGAGCAAAGAUGAGUUCAGUCGUCGCUGGUGCACCGUGAAUGAUGGCACCUUCAGCUACUACGAGAGUGACAAGAACUCCAACCCUAACGGCGCUUUGAAGGCUUCAGACAUCGUCUGCUUGGCUGUUGAUGUGCCUCAGAGACACGGGUACGAUAACACCUUUGAACUUUACUCCGAGUCAGAGCGUCUCUAUCUGUUUGGCACCGAUGACCCAGACAGCCACAAGGAAUGGGUCAAGUCUAUUGCCAAGACCUUUAUCCCGGCUGGUGUAGAGCCACUACUGAAGUUGCCUUUUGAUCGGAUCGGGCGGCUGAAAUGUAAAGACGGUUUGAACCUACAAACAUCGAAGGUCGGCUGGUUUGCUCUGGUGGGCUCCACACUUCACGCCUACCUGGAGGACAACAAGGGGGAGGAGAUCCACCUCCGCAAACUGAACGAACUCUCAAUUCAACAAGACAAUGAGGUGCUGGUUCUGGUGGAGAGAGGCAGAACUCUGUACAUAGAGGGAGAGAGGAAGUUGGAUUUUUCCGGCUGGUGUGCUGCCAUCCAGGCGGCAGCAGGGAGUGGAGGAGACACACUGAGCCAGCAGCAGCUGACGGAGACAGACAUACCUGUCAUAGUACACAGCUGCAUCGGCUACAUCACGCAGUGCGGGUUGACCUCUGAGGGGAUAUAUCGUAAGAGCGGCGUGAACUCCCGCGUGGCACAGCUGCUGGAGAGGUUUCGUUGUGACGCUCGCAGUGUCCGCCUGAGAGAAGGAGAGCACCAGGUGGACGACGUCUCCAACGCGCUCAAGCGCUUCUUCAGGGAGUUGGGGGAGGGACUGUUCACAUCAAAGGAUGCAAGCAGCUGGCUCAGCGCUGCUGCUAUUCAGGAUGAAAGCAAGAAAAUCUCCCAGUACCAGCAGCUGUUGAACAGACUGCCUUGUGUUAACAAGGCUACACUACAAGCCCUCAUCAACCACCUCUAUUGCGUGCAGCGUUUUUCCGAGCUGAACCAGAUGAACGUCCAUAAUCUGGCCAUCGUUUUCGGUCCCACAUUGUUCCAGUGCGACGGGAAGGACUUCACUGCUGGCUGCGCCAUAGAGGACCUUGUACAGCACUACACAUUCAUCUUUGAGGUGGAUGAACAACAGCUAAAGAAGCAGCUGGACGAGAUCACGGCUAUCAUCGAAAUGCGAGAGAAACUCAAUACAAAGUUUCCUAGUACUGAACCUGGAGGGCACUUCAUCUGUACAGUGUACUUGGAGGAAAAGAAGGACACAGCAGAGCAACAUGUCAAGAUCCCUGGUUCUAUGACCGCAGCGGAGCUGGCCUGUGAGGUUCUGGACCGGCGUAAAAUUCGCGUUAAAGACAAAGACUACUGGAACUGCUGGGAGGUCAGCGACAAGGAGGAAAUGGAACGCCCACUGCACUAUCAGGAGCGAGUCUUACCCAUCCUCCACUCCUUUGGCACGGACUCCCACCUGCUCAUCAAGAAGCACCUGGCUAUGGAGGCCAUGAUGGUGUACCUGGGCAGUAAAGUGGACCCAUCCAAGCACGGGAUGAUGAAAUUCAGAGAGGAGCGAAGCAUCUUGGGACUGGGAAAUUUCCACGACCGAUAUUUCAUCCUCAAUUCCAACUCACUAAGAAUGUACAAGGAAGUCAGAAGUAACCGUGCAGAACGUGACUGGCAAGUGAAAAACCUAAAGGUCUACAUGGGUAUCAAAAAGAAAGUCCGUCCUCCUACGUGUUGGGGACUGACUGUCGUGUAUGAGUCUAGGAAACAAGAUAAGCAAGAGAGACAGCAGUGGUAUCUCUGCUGUGACUCCCUGUCAGACAUGAGGGAGUGGUAUGCCACUUUUCUAAGUAUCCAGUACGACGGCGACGUGUGGCCUCAGGACGGACUCCAACAGACACGCGCUAGCCGCGCGCUGCCGGAAACGCGCCACGGUAAUGUGUCACUGAUACCGCUGCGCGGCAGCGAGAAUGAGAUGCGGAACAGCGUUGCAGCUUUCAGCCAAGACGCGCUUGCUUUCUUAAGAGAUGUUCGAUAAUGACCCCUGCAGGAACGGGGGUGCAGUCAGCGCCAGGUGAUCUCUGAACAUUCCAGCGACGUCAUCGUUCUUUUCGCGAUCAUAAGGACUAGAAUGAUGGACACUACUGUAUGUGGAUUAUUGCCUCCGACUGCAAUCCGCCCCCUUUUGAAUAUGAACUUGACUAAAACACGGACAAACCGGAUGGUAUGAAAAUGUAAGCCUCCACGCGCCUCCCUGCACAAAUCCUCUCUCCUUGACUCGCUGUGCAGAGGAAGCAGCCGGGCGCCGUUUGCAGGACCAUGAUGGAUGCGCGGCGAGUCUUCACCCCAUGCACAACUAUUUCCAAUGAUCGGUGGCACGUGACGCAAACCACGCAUUGCAUUAUGGCACAGAAGCCCAAAAGACGCUUAGAGAAGCCUUCAAUACUUCAGAAAAGUACUAAGUCAAGUUAUUCUAAGCACUAGCAUUGAAUGCUUAAAUCCUUUUUGUUUUAUAUAGAAGAAUACAGUUUAUUCUAUUAUGAAUGUAUUAUGAAAUUCCAGCUUUUAUUGCUCAAAGAAUCGUCAGGAUCUUCCUGCAGUUCAAAAUGGAAUAAUUGCCAUUGUAAGCACGGCUGAUGUCACAGAAGCUCGUGACCCGAUUCUGUCCCGGGUUUGUUCCACGGGGACCUGAGACGAGGAUGGAGAGGUAAAGCUGAGAAAGGACACGUGAUGGAUCUGUUGCUUCGAUUUUCCUGUACUGUGCAAAAAACCUUGGUCAGGGUUGCAUACUCGCAUACUCUGUGCAUACAGAAUAUGUGAAUAUGUGCAGGCGUGCUUUUAAAUGUGCAAGCUUUAUCUUGCAUUACAUUGUUGCUUUUGGGAAAUAUUGGAAUGAGAGGUUUAUGCUAAUUCCCCCCUUUUUUAUUUUUAAUGAAAGAAGAAAGGACCAUUUGAGAGCAAAAGGACCGUAGCCUGUUACAUGAUAAAUCAAAAGCAACUUUUAUUUUUCCAUUGUACCACAUUCUGAAUCAAGCAUCUUAAGUAGGUCACAUUUCAAACCCCUUGUACCAGGCGACUUCCCCGAGCCGACCUCGAGCUGGCCGCGGCGCCGCUUCCCACAGCGCCGUCCUCUAAACAUGUGAUGACAGACAAACAGUGAAUCCACACAUACACAGGCAGCCUUGUCACUAACCGGCAGUAUUUAUGAAAUUUUAGAUUACAUGAAAUGCCUUUUUAUGUUUUGUUGUGCACAAUCUUUGUGACUGUAUGUUUGUUACAGUUUGAUCGUUAAAACGGAGCGCUGAAGUUUAAGUGCAAACCCUGGAAGCAAAAGAAACAAAUUAAAGUGUCUUAUCAUUCUUCUACUUGGUGACACACUUUGUCCAAACGAGAGCCAUGAAACAACUUGUUUAUCUGUGUCACCAUCCAGGCUUAAACUCUCCAUCUUCCCCUCCUGCAAAGUCACGUUUGUGCCACCGGUUUUCUUCCGCGUUGUACAGAUUUCUUAUAGUACGGACAUCCGCAGGGGAGAAGACGGCUCUGCACCUGGAUGGUCCGAACAUUAACUGCAAAUAUGAAUCAUAAAAUAAUUAUUUUUUAUCCGUAUUCAGUUCAAACGGUCCAUUUGAAUUUGAGGAUCAAUUUGGUUUCAGCAGGGUUUCAGCAGGUGUUGAAGUGAUAUGUUUCCACACAUGUAAACUAAAUGUAAGUAGUUAUUUAAUUCUCACACAGACACUCUAACUGUACUUGUUGUUUCGGUCUCUUUAUACCUUCUGGCAGACAUUGAGAAGUUUUCGCCCUUUUUACACUCCUUUCCAUUUUUUCAUAUAGUUUUUACCCUUCUAAUAAAACAAUUUCUGACUUA